CAGUUUCCAGUUCAAGUGUUUCUCCCAGCCUAAUCCUCAGCCAAAUCCUCAAUCAAAUCCGAAACCGAAUCCAAAUCCAAAUCCGAAUCAAUUCAUCAUGUUUACUGCCUGCCAAGUUGCGUUCUUCGCUGGAUGCCUCGCUUUGGCUUUGAGCUGCGUACAGGCUCAGUUUUUCUACCAUCAGGCAUUGGGUCUGCCUUCGACACACUCGUUUGAGCCGGCAAAUCCGUAUCAGGGAUAUGCCACGGCCGAUGCCCAUCCCUCAGUGGUGCGCAACGCUCAAUGGGAGUCGGAGCUUCCUGCCGAGCUGUCGAAGAGUGCGCGAUUCUACAAUGAUCCUGUUGUAGCCGCCAAUCUGGCCAAGGCGUCGCUCCUCACCACAAAGGAAAUGGCUGUAGUGCAUCGCGAGGCGGAGAAAAUUCCACGGGAUCAGGUCUAUAAACUAUUCAAAAACGCCGGCUGGCUGAGUCGCAGAUAGAAAUUAGAAGCAAAAUCUGUUGAGAAGAAU